AUGCCAGCCAAAGAUCGUACAGCAGAAUUUCACUCAACUUUAAAUUCUAUAAAAUCUCGUACAGCUUUACCCAAACCGACAAAAGAUGUUAAACAACCUUUACUCAAAGAAGCCGGACCGAGUAGAGGUGCAGGGGGGAAAAGUGAGUUUGGUAGGAUGGCUGGGGCAAUAGCAAAGGAUAUAAAUUCUACUACUUUGAAAUUACAGAAACUUGCUCAGUUGGCAAAACGAAAAACACUAUUCGAUGAUAGACCGAUAGAAAUAUCAGAACUCACAUAUAUAAUAAGACAAGAUAUCGCUUCCCUAAACACUCAAAUCGCCUCUUUACAAUCUUACGUCCGAGCUCAAAAACCUACGCAAAGUUCUGGAGGAAAAGGUCAGGUAGAAGAACAUAAUAGUAAUGUGGUAAUGUUACUUCAGAGUCGAUUGGCGGAUAUGGGUAUGGGAUUUAAGGAUGUUUUAGAGUUGAGAACUCAGAACAUGAAAGCGAGCAAAGAUCGAUCUGAACAGUUUAUGCACACUGCAGCUUCUUCUAGUGUCCCCCCUCCAACCAACUCCCUCCUCAUGCCCACAGCCGCCAAAACAGGCCCUGGCGCUGGGUUCCCCGCCGAUAGAAAAGGAAAGUCUCGCGCCGCCAACGGGAAUGGUGUGGACGACGUCGAUUUCCUCGCUCUGGACAUUGAUGGGGAUCGGGGAGAGAGUGGAAGAGGUGGAGGAGAGUAUCAACAGAUGCAGUUGGUAGAACAGCAGCAGGACUCUUAUAUUCAAUCUCGAUCUACCGCUAUAGAAAGUAUAGAAUCUACCAUUGCAGAAUUAGGUCAAAUAUUUUCACAAUUGGCAGGGAUGGUUGCGGAGCAGAGAGAGACGGUACAGCGUAUUGAUGCGGAUACGACGGAUAUAGCUGCAAACGUCUCUGGUGCUCAACGAGAAUUAUUGAAAUAUUACGCUUCUGUCACUUCCAACAGAUGGCUUAUGCUUAAGAUUUUUGGCGUCUUGAUAAUAUUCUUCUUAGUCUUCAUCCUUGUUUCAUAG